AUGGCAUCCCUGAUCACGAACUACAUCCACCACAUCAAACACGGUCAAACACAUGCAGAUCCUCUGGACAAAUUCCUCAAUCAUGCUGAACGCGUUUGGGCAAACUCCGAUGUACUGAUAGUUCCGUCGGACAAGGGAAACAAAACGGUGCUCAUCCAGGCAGACGAAUAUCGGCGUAAGAUGCAAGACAUGGUAGGCGAUCAAACAACUUACAGACUUGUACAACGGGAUCCGACAUCGAGAAAUCAAACUCUGAACAACAACCUCGUCAAACGGCUCCUAGACUUGAAACUGAUUGAUAUCAGAACAGCGAGAACUUUGAAAACAUACAAAGCCGUAUGCCCGCGCAUAUAUGGACAACCGAAAGCGCACAAGGAAGGACUACCACUCAGGCCAGUAGUGCCAAAUAUGACAGCACCGUCGUACAAUCUGUCUAAAUAUGUUGGUCAGAUCAUUCAAAAAUCCAUCAACAGUCCAUACAACAUAAAAGACUCCUUUUCAUUCUGCCAUUUCAUCAAUGAAGUUGAGCUACCACCCGACUACGUGUUGAUUUCGCUCGAUGUCAAAUCGCUUUUCACAUCGAUCCCCAUCCCACUUAUUCAACACGACAUCAUCAUGCGAUGGAACGAGAUAAUGCCACACACGAACAUCAACCUGGAUCUGUUCCUGGAGCUGGUUAACUUCUGCGUAGGAUCCAGCUAUUUCGUAUACGAUAGGAAGUACUACGAACAGGUGUUUGGAACGGCCAUGGGCAACCCACUAUCACCCAUAGUUGCUGAUCUGAUAAUGGAAAGCCUAUUGGACACGACUAUGCACAAGUUGGACUUCAAACCACCGUUCAUUCGCAAAUAUGUGGAUGACCUGAUAACAGCGAUACCACUUGAAAAACUACAGCAUAUUCUGGACGUAUUUAACAGCUAUGACGUUCACAUCCAGUUCACACACGAGUUGGAAGUGAACAACAAAUUACCGUUUUUGGACAUGUUCCUCGUCAGACAGGACAACCAGCGGAUAAAAACAGAAUGGUACAUGAAACCCAUCGCCAGUGGACGUUUUCUUGAUUUCCUUUCGUACCAUCCCAUGAGCAUGAAACUGAAUGUUGCCAAAAACUUCAUCAGCCGAGUCUACCGACUACCCACCAACCAAUCAGACGAGGAAAAAGCAAACAUCAUCGACAACCAGCUCAGACUUAAUCACUAUCCUGCUCAUCUACGACACCGUCUGAUAAAUCGCAUGACCGAACAUCACCAAUCGCCUAGCAUAACAUCAGCCGACGAAGAUCAACAACAGCAAACACCUCCAGUCCGCACCUGGAACAUACUUACCGGUCAAUGGUCCACAUACCUCAUCUCUCGAGCAGAAUCGAAAGGCAGCUAA